AUGUCCGGCGACGGCGAUGGCGACGGCGACGGCGACCAUACAGCCACGAACGGCUCCUUCGACAACGACCGCAUACCCAGCUCGCACACCACGCAGCAAACGCUCACCAAUAUCGCGAAUGGCGCCCACUUGAAGCAGAAGCGCGCGCGAUCGCAACUAUCCUGUACACCGUGUCGACAGGGCAAGCUCAGGUGCAAUCGUAGCCAUGACCCUGCUUGCGACCAAUGUUUGAAGCGCGACCGCCAGAGCGCUUGUGUAUACGUGCCUCCGCCGGCCAAGCAGAAGCCUACUCAGAACGUAAAAGGGCGAAUAAGACAGCUAGAGAAUCUCGUGGUGGAUCUGAUGAACCAGCAGAACCAAAAUGGCACCGAUGGCAAGAGCGAUCAAGAGAACCAGAAUGCUAGGCGAGAGUCGUCGAAUACUACAAGUGACGUAGAUGGAGCGACCAAGCCAUUUGGACAGAUGAGGAUAAGUAAGAACGAGAUCAGCUAUGUGGGCGAGACCCAUUGGCAAGCAAUUCUACAUGGCAUCUCGGAGCUCAAACGAGAUCUAGGCGAUGAAGCUGAAGAGAACGAAGGAGAGGACGCGGCCGAACACCAACAUCCAGCUCCAGCGCAUGUGCAGCAGCUCAUCGAUUCUGUACCCGAGAAGAAAGUGGCCGAUCGGCUUUUGAGUCUAUGGUUCAAUUCGCCUGACCCCUUCAAGCCCAUCAUUCACGCACCAACCUUCCAAGACGAGUACCGCCGGUUCUGGCGAGAUCCCAAAGACACACCGACUAUGUGGCUUGGUCUCUUUUACGCCAUCCUGUCGCUUGCAGCCUCGUUCGGACUUCGCGACAUCGAUCCAGCAAGCGAACCUGCUCAGAGGAUCCUGAAGCAAGUCAAUCAAUACCACACACUCUCGGCCUCGGCUGCCGUGCUUGGGGACUUUACGAAGCCUAAGCAAUAUACUGUCGAAUGUCUCAUACUGUAUGCGGCUGGGCUGCGAAGCAAUGACGCUUUCGUCAACGUGUGGCUAAUGAUUGGUCUUGUGUUGCGAUUAUGCUUGAGAAUGGGGUACCACAGAGAUCCAGCAAAUUAUCCAGGAAUUUCUGCAUUCGAUGGUGAGAUGCGGAGGCGUGUAUGGGCGAUUAUUAGCAUGAUCGAUGUGCUCAUCUCAUUCCAACUGGGCUUGCCGUCUAUGGUCAAAACCUUGCAAUCUGAUACACAACCGCCACGAAACCUCCUCGAUCGAGAUUUCGGUGCCAACACCAAGGCACUUCCGCCGAGUCGGGGAAUCGACGAACUCACACCCAGCUCUUAUACGAGAGCAAAACUGCAUCUCGUAAGAAUAUUCGCGGAUGCAUCCGAAAUUAGUCAUGCAACGACAUCGCCCUCCUACGAAACGAUAAUGGAUCUCGACCGACGGCUUGAAGAAGGUAAAGCCAUGGUCCCUCCGCUGUUGCAAAUGCCCGACAUCAGCGAACUCGUCACCGACCCCGCCGAGCAGUUGAUGUGCCGCUUCAACCUGGACCUCCUCUACCUCAAGACCAAGAUUGUGCUCCACAGACGAUACAUGGAAAAGCCACUUGCGCAACUCACGCCCCAUGAGCAGACCAUGGGCAUCGGUGUCAGCCGUAAGACUUGCGUCGGUUGUGCUCUUCGGGUGUUGCGCCAUCAUCACACCAUCUACAAUGCUACUCAGGCCGGUGGGCAGCUUGAAAGCGUCAAAUGGUACAUGGGCUCUAUCUCAACACAUGACUUCUUGCUAGCAGCAAUGAUUGUGUGUUUGGAGCUUUCGCAACAG